AUGGAUGUAGUGAAGGAGGGCAUGUGGAGGGUGGGUAUCGUGACUUCUACACUGAGCGCAGUUGAAAGGACAGAAUCACGGUUGCCCAACACAUCCCAGCCCAAAGGCCUCAAAGACUAUCUUGAGACUUGGGAUUACUCUUUGGUUCCACAAGUGCAUGAACCCUCCAAUGAUGUAAUCAAAGCACAGAGAGGGUACAACUUCAGUAAAAGGUGCCUGGUGUUUGUGCCGGGUGUUGGGAAGCCUUUCGUUGAUAUUUAUUGGUUGGACAAAAAUGGAUUCUUUGAGACUAACACCUCUCACCGUGUCCACAUGUUAGAACAGCGUUUGCUGCCCCAAAAUGGCUCCAGUAAAGGUGCGUGGUUAGAGACCUGGCUGAUAUUUUCUGAGCUAAGGGAGGAGGACUUCUACGUCAACUACACUUGCCGUGCGUACAGUGACAGGGGCUUUCCUGAAAGAUAUUUCAGUCUGCAACCAGAAGUCGGCACGCUUCGAAAGGACCAACCUGAAUUGGACUCCAAGUCUUCGUUCAAAGUGAUAAUAAGACAGGAAAAAUUUGUGUUAGACUUGGAUGGGAAGCUUUACGAUGCCUAUGUGGCAUACCCACAGCCCUGUGACCUCGGAUUCAGCAAGGAUGUGGAAACAUUUGCCCUUCAAACACUGCCUCAUGUGUUGGAAAGGGCCUGCGACUACAAACUCUUCAUAGCAGGCCGUGACUGCCUGCCUGGGCAAGCUAUGGUGGACUCUGUUGAAGAAAACAUACAAGCCAGCCGCCGUGUCCUCCUUCUCUACACUGCUUCCUCUUUUACCACCAAAAGACAUACAAGCAGCACCAGCAGUAAUAAUAACAACAUUUCUAAGAGCGGUGAAUGCGGCGAUGAAAGUCAAAGAAAUGCCAGUGACAGCUUUAGCAUUACAAGCUCUGAUGUCGGUGAUAAAGUCUGUAAAGACACAAGGCAGCAGCUGGAGUGUGUGGCAGCAAUGCACCGAGUGCUGAUCGAGGGCUCCCUCAAGGUGGUUCUGGUUGAGCUGGAAGAGAUCACGCCAGCUCAACUGGCUCUAUUUCCAGAGUCAGUGCGUCAUCUGAGGAAGAAGCAGGGUGCCGUGUGUUGGUGGAAGAACCAGAGGACGAGGCAAAGGUGGAAGACGUGCAUGAGUGGAGCUGAUGUAGAAAAAACUGGAACAGACUCACAGCUGUCAACAUCCCUCUCCCCUUCCUCUAGGUUUUGGAAGGAACUGAGGUAUCACAUGCCUGUCCGGGGCAAGAGGGUCGUGUAUCCUGAAACGAUAGCCUUUCUGUAAUUCUGAUGGCGAUCUGUGUUUGUCAGAUAUUGAACCAGAGAGUACCUGGUUUCUAAUGUAAAUAUGACAGUUGCAUUUACUCACUCACAGGUAGAUCGUGGGCACUGUUAUCAGAAGCAGUGACACCAAGACCCUGAGUCAAGUUUACAGCACAGGCAACUCCAAAUGUUCUCUCAGCAGAGAUGUCACCUUUACCUUCUGUGGAACUUGAAUAAAAAAGUGUAAGAAAUGUGGAUAGUAUUGGCUAAAGAUGACAGCUGGUCAUGGACAGAUCAGUGCAGUGUCUGAAUUGUCCACAGUUUGUAUGUGAACUGCUGACAAUCUGUAACAGAAGGGGCCUGAAAAAUAAUGCAGAUGAAAAUAGCUUGAAUGGUCGUACAGUUAUUUUAUUACCACAAUCCUCAACAUCCCAGCUGACACUGGGCGAUAGGCAUAUCAGGAAAUGUACAUAUGUAUGAUUAAACUUGUAAAUAUGUAGAAAAAAUAUAUAAAUUAACAUGUAAAAACUGUAAAGAUGAACAACCAGAAAAGUAUACAUUCAUGAUGAUUUUUUAAAUUUAUGUAUAUUAUUUGUAAAAACAACAUCAUGAAAUGAGGCUGCAUAAAAAUCUAGGUUAAAAUGUAUGCGCUAACAUUUUUAAUCAAUGAUUUUUUUUUUUUUUACUUAUGAUUCUGGGAAAUUGUAAAUACUCUGUUUUCUAUUUGAAUUUUUUUUUAAAGUGUGACUAUUUUGCAAAUAAAAAGAUUAUUUUCA